AUGUCACCUAUUACGUUCGUCCAUUUUGCAGAUAUUCUCAGCACCAUAUUAUAUUAUAUGGCUGACAUGGCCCACGCCAAGCCGUUGCCGUCGCCGUCGCCAUCGCCGUCGCCGCCGUUGCUGCUAAUCAUUUCAGAGAUUUCGGCUUUAGUGCUGAUGCAGCAGCAGCAGCAGCAGCAGCAGCAGCAGGAGCGAUAUGGCCACCACUGCCAUCGAAUCCCUUCGUCCUUGUUCCCAUCAUUGGAAUCGCGGAGGAGAAUUUUACAACUGCCGUCCCAGGGGCUUCUCCAUAUUUCCGCUUCGCCAACACCGCCAUCAUCACAUCAUCAUCAUCAUCAUCAUCAUCUUCUUCUUCUCUUCCCAAGUCACCUCGCCUCCGUUGACAAGAGUUUCAGGGUUUCAAUCAAAGAGGGAUCCGAUAUCUGGGGUCGAUUCCUUAAGAACCAGAGAUGUCCGGCAACCCACAGAAUCCGCGCCAAUAGCUCCUGUGAGCGGGACAGUAGUGAAUCCAAGGCCUCAAGUACCGGUGAAAACCAGGGCGAUGGGCCUCCCGCUACCGAUAACAACAGCGUUCAAGAGCACUCUACGCCUUCUCCUCCGCCGUCUACUACUACUACUACUAAUACUACUACUAGCACCACUUCUAAUUCCCGUUCCUCUUCUCAGCGACAAAAUAAGUGGAAGGCCGGCGGCUGGUGGAAGGGUGGUAAGUGGCAAUGGCAGCCCAUAAUCCAGGCCCAGGAGAUCGGCGUCCUGCUGCUGCAACUAGGGAUUGUGAUGUUCGCCAUGAGACUGCUCCGCCCCGGCAUCCCUCUGCCGGGCUCGGAGCCCCGCCCGCCGACCACUUACGUUAGCGUGCCCUUCAGCGAUUUCUUGAGCAAGAUUAAUAACGAUCAGGUGCAGAAGGUGGAGGUUGAUGGCACCCAUAUAAGAUUCAGGUUGAAGCAGGACACCUCUGGCGUAGAGUCGAAGACGGAUGCCGUGGUUCGGUCGGAGGAGGCCCAAGUGUUGAUCAAAGGUGCCACACCAACCAAGAGGAUUGUCUAUACAACCACUCGCCCCGGUGAUAUUAAGACACCUUACGAGAAGAUGGUGGAGAAUAACGUGGAGUUCGGCUCACCUGAUAAGAGGUCUGGUGGAUUCCUCAACUCUGCCUUGGUUGCUGUUUUCUACUUAGCUCUACUUGCUGGACUUCUACAACGUUUUCCGGUUAGUUUCUCUCAGCAUUCACCUGGCCAUUUGAGGAGCCGUAAGGCUUCUGGUUCUAACAGCGCCAAAGCAUCUGAACAUGCUGAUGUAGUCACUUUUGCUGAUGUGGCUGGUGUUGAUGAGGCUAAAGAAGAAUUGGAAGAGAUUGUGGAAUUUCUUAGGAAUCCAGAUAGAUAUAUUAGACUUGGUGCUCGUCCUCCUCGAGGUGUCCUGCUGGUGGGUCUUCCUGGGACAGGCAAGACCCUUCUUGCUAAAGCUGUAGCAGGGGAAGCUGAAGUACCUUUCAUAAGUUGCUCUGCAAGUGAAUUUGUAGAGCUCUAUGUGGGUAUGGGAGCCUCUAGAGUGAGAGAUCUCUUUGCUCGAGCAAAGAAAGAAGCACCAUCAAUCAUUUUCAUUGAUGAGAUUGAUGCUGUAGCUAAAAGUCGUGAUGGACGGUUUCGUAUUGUCAGCAAUGAUGAGCGAGAGCAGACACUCAACCAGUUGCUCACUGAAAUGGAUGGAUUUGAUAGCAAUUCUGCUGUUAUUGUCCUUGGAGCAACAAACCGCUCAGAUGUCCUGGAUCCUGCCCUUCGCCGUCCAGGGAGAUUUGACCGUGUGGUUAUGGUGGAAACCCCUGACAGACUUGGAAGGGAAUCUAUUUUAAAGGUUCACGUUAAUAAGAAGGAACUUCCUUUAGGAGAGGAUGUGGAGCUCAGUGAAAUUGCAUCAAUGACCACUGGUUUCACUGGCGCAGACCUAGCAAAUUUGGUUAAUGAAGCCGCUCUGUUAGCUGGAAGAGCAAGUAAAAUUGUUGUGGAGAAGAUUGAUUUUAUCCGAGCAGUGGAACGUUCAAUAGCUGGCAUAGAGAAGAAGCAUGCAAAGUUGCAAGGAGGUGAGAAGGCUGUCGUUGCACGCCAUGAAGCUGGUCACGCUGUUGUGGGGACUGCUGUUGCAAAUCUACUUAAUGGGCAACCUCGUGUGGAGAAAUUGAGCAUACUACCCAGGUCAGGUGGUGCUCUGGGUUUCACAUACACACCUCCUGCAACCGAGGACAGAUAUUUACUUUUCAUUGAUGAACUACGAGGUCGUUUGGUAACUCUGCUGGGAGGACGUGCUGCAGAAGAAGUUGUUUUCUCAGGCCGUGUCUCAACUGGGGCACUUGAUGAUAUAAGGCGAGCAACAGACAUGGCUUACAAGGCUAUAGCUGAAUAUGGUCUUAAUCAGACUGUUGGUCCCAUAUCACUAGCGACAUUGUCUAAUGGUGGGCUUGAUGACUCUGGAGGUGCAGGUCCAUGGACAAGGGAUCAGGGACAUCUAGUUGAUCUCGUGCAAAGAGAGGUAAAAGCACUACUGCAAUCCGCUCUUGAAGUAGCUCUGUCCGUGGUGCGUGCCAAUCCCAAUGUGUUGGAGGAGCUUGGGGCUUAUCUGGAAGAGAAAGAGAAAGUAGAAGGGGAAGAGCUGCAAAAAUGGUUGAAGUUAGUUGUGGCCCCUACAGAACUAGCAAUUUUUAUUGAAGGCAAACAUGAGAAUUUUCUACCACAGAAGGCUCUCUCCUGACAAGUUCGUCUAUUAUAGUUUAGUUGACUCACGGAGCUAAUUGUUUCAUUGUGUGACAUAUCUCUCUUACAACAUAUGGGAAAGACAGUAAACGCUUGAGACCCUCUUUACCAGUUCAUGUUGGAUCAGAAGCAUGAUGAGAAGGGAUGCGGGAAUUGUUGGUUAUUUCCUUUCUUGGAGCUGGUCUGUGGAGAACAUUCAUAAAGAUAAAAGAUUAAUCCAAUACUACUCUCCAGAGUGCUACUCCAUCCCUGGAACUGAAGUCUCUGUUUCCCCCCACUUUUUGGGAGAGACUCUUGUGUUUAUUAGAUGUACAUUAUUAUCGUUUCAAUCAGCAAGUGGGGUAACCUUACCUGUAUUUUUUUUUUAUUAUUAUUUUGGAUUAUGUGUAAAAAUAAAAUCUGUCGAAUUGUCUGUAGAGAUAACUGAAUAUAUCAUAUAUAAAACUGAAAGCACAAUGCUUUUGAUGGUGUUUAUACAUACA